ACGGCUCAUUUCUAUCUUAAAAUAUUUUAUAGGUAUGUCUGUCCUUGGAUUAGCAGCUGCAAUUGAUAAGGAUAUGUUUCAAACUGUAUACGAAGCAUGUCCGUCUGCAUUACAGAAUUGUAUGCACGAUGAUAUCACACCGCUUUGUCUAGCUGCUAUGAGAAAUGAUAAAGAUUUAUUUUUUCAAUUGUUAAGUUUAGGAUUUGAAAUUUCUAAAAUCAAUGAAUAUACGCAUGUCAUGAUGAAACUGUCAACAGUACCAGAAAUUCGAAAUUUAGCAGAAAGUGUUGAUGUAGAAGAUUAUUGGAAUGAUAUUUCAGAUAACAUACCUAUAGAAUUAGAAAGUGAUUCAGAUCAAAUUAAUAUUCAAAAGAAAUAUAAGAAAGAAAAUGAAGAUGAUAAUAUAAUGUCAUCCCUAAAUUCCUUUGUGAAAUAUAAAGUUACAUCACAUUCUUCAGAAAAGAAAAAUGAUGAUUUUAACAGUAAUAUAAUAAUAGAUUCUAAUCAGCGUUUAAAAAUAAAGCCUUCUAAAUUGAAUUUAGUAGCAAAGCAUUCGGAUCCUACUUCAUGUAGUAUAAUCUCACCAAGACUGACUUGUACUUUGGAUGAAAGCCUACCAGUAUCUCCAAAUAUUUAUUUCACCAAAAAUAACGAUAGCAACAAAGUCAAUAUCA